AUGGUUAAAAUAUCAGCUUUAAUUUCAUUAGUAUUUGUAGUACUUAGUUUCGUUGCUGCAACUAUUGCAUUUUCAUCAUAUUGGUAUUAUAUGAAAAUUGAAACAACAUCAAGUAAUGGAAUAUCUACAACAACAACUACAUAUUUAAAAUAUAAUCAAGCAAAACUUAUAUUGAAUAUGGAUGGAAAUGAACAAAGUGUAGUCCAAGAUUAUACAAGUGAUGUGAAGAAAACCAUGAAACACCAAUUAGAGAUUUUUAAUGCAUCUUUAGCAUUUGAUAUUCUCGGUUGGAUUACAUUAAUUAUUGGUGCUGUUUUAAUAUCAUUACAAAUUGUUGGUAAAUUAAUUCUUAUUCCAAUUCCAAAGAUUCAUAUGAUUUCUAAAUUUGUUUUAAUAAUUUCAACUAUUUUCUUAAUGAUAUCAAUGUUUAUAUUUUGUGGUUUAUCAAAUGCUAGAAAGAAUGAUUGUAAAAAUCAAAUGAAUGAUGGUGAUGAUGAAAUCGGUGCUUGUGAUAGUGCCUAUUUUAAAUCAUUUAUUGGUGAUGUUGAUAUUAGUGGUCAAUCUAUGAAAUGGGGUCCUCAUCUAUCUUUUGGUUUUGUUGUUGCUGCUUCUGGUUUAUCUCUCAUAGCCUCUAUCAUUGCAAUUGUUUGUGGUGUUUUCGUUAAGAAUGAAGAAACUUCUGGAAAAUAA